UCAAAAUUUCGGUCAAUGCACCGUAUCGCGCGAGUGGUCCGACGGCGGCAAAUAGCGCUGGUCGCUCGACGGAUACCAGAACCCUCGCGUAUCCGGCGUUUCUCUUCACAAACCCCCACACCGGAAAGUUUGUAUGCGGAAUAUAUCGAAAAGGUCAAACUGCGAGGCGCCCCACCACCGAUUUCCUUCGAGCAGUUCAGGGAGAGUCUAACGCUAGCAGAGGAGGAUGUACACGACCUCACCGGAAACGCGAAAUAUAUCAACUCCAGUGACGAGUUCAUGGACCAAUACGGUCCGAUGCUCAAAGCACUGCGAGAGCUCGAGACUUCCGACCCUGACGCUUACCAGAAGACACUCGACACGCUUUCCGAGGAGUUGGAGGAGCAAAUGGCAGAGCGGACUGACCCGCUUUUUCAAGAGCGGUUAGACGCGUUGGAGGUGGAGAAGACUGCCGCAAGGGAAGUCGGCAGGCAGGUUGCACAACUUAUCCUGUCUACAAAGGAUGAGCAUGCACUACGCCUUGUGGAGGACAAGCUGGCCACGUAUAACGGCCCACUUUCCGUGUUGAAUGUGGCAGUAGAGUGGUUCUUGAAAAAUCCGACGGAAAUCGAGAAGGAGGAUCCUUCUGUUUCUGGUGAGGCGGAGGUUGACGCUGUCCCAGCCCACGACAACAACGCGUAUUACCUCCAGGAUACUCCAUACGAUGAGCUCGUCAGACACAUGAGACACCGCGAUGUCCACUACGCGAUUCAGCGUCAAAUGCAUCCAACAGACCGCGCUGAGCUCUUCAGGCUACUCACCACCCUUGUCACGCCCGUCUUCAAUGAAGAUAUGAACACAAUGAACGCCAUCGCCGACAUAUUCAACAAGUAUGAAGACGCUAAGCUUGUUUACCGGACGCAACCGCGUUUACCGCGAGUUCGCCGACUAGACGUAUUCAAACGACUCCUACCGCGCUCUGACGACGAAACGCCGGAAACACAGGCUGCACUCGCCAAGCAGAUUGCUGACAUCGCGGGCGAGAAGAAAAGGGAGGCUGAAAUCAUCGAGGCCGAGAGAAGAGCCCAACAACAACCAUGGCCAGACCUUAUGACCCGCGAGCCGCUUUUGGACUCACGAGAAGUGCUGGAGCUCCGACCCACAAAGGACAACCCAUACCACAACAGAGUCGUCAUCCGCAACCACCAUUCCAUCUUCGCCGAGGCCCUUGAAGCCGACGGGUUCGACUUUACCAACCCGAACAACAAGUACACCCAGACGGAAGACCCCGAAGAAGUGAACAGCGCCAAAGACAUCGAGAUGACGUUGCCCAUCUCCAUCAGCAACCCCCGACUUAUCAUCAUCCCGAUCUACAGCUACUUUGCGACGCAACAGACGCCCAAGGGCCGCAUGAACCGAUUCGUGCAGUGGACGAUUGUCGGCGACGGUCACGGGAUCGUGGGGCUGGGAAUGGGGAAGCACGACAAGCCAGAGCGGGCGCACACGAAGAGCCUGGUUGACGCCAUCCGAAACAUGGACUGGGUCGAGCGGUUUGAGGACAGGACAAUAUGGACAGAUGUCCGCACCAAACUCGGGGCAACCCAAGUCAUUCUCCGUCCCCGUCCUGUUGGUUUUGGGCUGCGGUGUAAUCCCUUCAUCCACCGUUUGUUAACAGCAGCUGGUAUCAAAGACAUCAGCGCAAAGGUCUGGGGCAGCCGCAACCGGCUGGGGGUCCUUAAAGCAACGCUGAGGUUACUACAUUCGGGUCACGCGCCACAGAAUAUGGGCGACGGACUGGGGGGACCGGGGAGGAAGAUGUUCAAGGGCACUGGUUUGCGGAAUAAAACGCAAAUUGAGCGCGAACGCGGGCGGAAGAUGGCUGAUUUGAGGGUGUAG